UAGCAAACAGCCAAACAUUGGAAACCUCCCCACUAUCCUCCGAGAAUGAAAGUUUGAACUUGGCCUCCAAGGGUCUUCUUCAGCAGACAAGUCAAAUGGUCCUUGGAAAUCUCCAAGCUAGUAUGUCAGAUUCAACUUGGCCUUCACGGCUCUUGCACCGUCACCAAACUGCCAAACUAAACACUGGAAACCUCGAGCAUGCAGUAUUUAAUCUCAGCCUUUUCAACCGAUUUCUAAACAUAACAAACAGAGUUGGGAAUAAACAAGAAUUGAAACCCGCCAAUUCCACGUCCCUGCAAUUAGAUUAAUGGCCACCAACGAAAACCAACCUCAUUUCGUCCUGUUUCCUUUCAUGGCCCAAGGCCAUAUGAUUCCCAUGGUAGACAUUGCCAGAUUGCUGGCGAAGCGAGGUGUUCUCAUCACGAUUCUGAUGACUCCCCACAAUAGCAACAGAUUCAAAUCAGUGAUUUCUCGUGCAAUUGGCUCUGGACUGAGCAUUCAUGUUACCCACCUCAAAUUUCCCUGUGCUGAAGUCGGGCUGCCUGAAGGGUACGAGAGUUUUGAUAUGCUUCCUAACAUUGACGAUGCACUUAAGUUCUGGAAAGCUGCUACCAUGCUAAAAGAUCAGGUGCAAGAAUUGCUGCAAGAACUUAAGCCCCCGCCAACCUGCUUAAUUGCUGAUAUGUGUUUUCCGUGGACCACGACUGUUGCUCUAAACUUGCAUAUCCCAAAAAUUCUGUUUCAUGGGACUAGUUGUUUUUCUCUGAUGUGCAUGCACAUGCUGGGAGUUUCAAAGGAUUUCGAAGAGGUAACUUCUGAUACGGAGUACUUCGUGGUGCCUGGCCUGCCGGAUAGGAUUGAGAUCACCAAAGCUCAGCUUAAGGGCACAGCUAAUCAAUUGUCUUCUGACUGGAUUAAGAUACGGGACGAGAUGCGAGAGGCUGAACUACAAGCAUUUGGGACCGUGGCUAAUACUUUCCAAGAACUGGAACCUGAAUAUGUUAAAGCAUACCUCGAAGUGAAAGGCAAAAAGCUUUGGUGCGUUGGUCCGGUUUCGUUGUGCAACAAAGAUGACAUGGACAAGGCUGAAAGAGGUAACAAGGCCUGCAUUGAUGAGCAUGAAUGCUUGAAGUGGCUUGAUUCACAGGAAUUGAGCUCCGUCAUUUACAUUUGCCUUGGAAGCUUAUCACAACUGGCCACUUCACAGUUGAUAGAGCUCGGCUUAGGCCUAGAAGCAUCGAAUCGCCCCUUCAUAUGGGUUAUCAGAAAUGCAUCAGAUGAGUUCAAGAAGUGGCUGUCAGAAGAAAGAUUUGAGGAAAGGACCAAGAAAACGGGCCUUUUGAUCCAAGGCUGGGCGCCUCAAGUUCUAAUACUUUCCCAUCCGUCUGUUGGAGGCUUUUUAACGCAUUGUGGGUGGAACUCAACACUUGAAGGAAUAACUGCUGGCCUGCCUAUGAUAACAUGGCCGGUAUUUGCAGAGCAGUUUUGCAAUGAAAAGUUCAUUGUGAACGUCAUCAAGACAGGAAUAAGAGUAGGCGUUGAGGUGCCGGUCAUCUUUGGAGAAGAAGAGAAGGUGGGAGUACAGGUUAAAAAUGAUGAUAUAAAGAUGGCUAUCGACAGGUUGAUGGAUGCAGGAGAAGAAGGGGAAGAGAGAAGAGAGAGAGCAAAAAAGCUUGGGAAAAUGGCGAAAAAUGCAAUGGACGAAGAGGGUUCAUCUAACCUCAACAUGACAAAGCUUAUAGAAGAUGUUAUCAAACACCAAACCAACAACGUGGACCAAUCUGCAAAUGAAGCAAAGCUAGAUCAUGAAUAUUCUUCUGAAAUUGUAGUCCAGCAAUAGAUACAGAAGCUCUGUUUUCCAUUGAUGAUAUUCAGUACUGCAAAUUCCUCUUUUAUUACUGCCUUCAGAACAUGUUUCUGGUACUUUAUUGCUUUGAAUUUGAGCUUUUUCUUUGUUAGCA